UUCUCCGGAAUGGAGCAGUCACAGUGUGGCAGCAGUGACCACAGCGGUAGCGGCCGACCCCAGCUGGUCCCGGGACUGGUGGCGGCUGUCCCUCCGCCCCCGUCCCCAGCGUUACCGGUGUCCCCGGGGAUGCCUGUUCCUCCAGCUUUCCUCCGGCCGCCGAGCCUCUUUCUGCGGGCAGCCGCCGCCGCAGCCGCCGCCGCUGCCACCGGGAGCGGAGCCUGCCCACCAGCGCCGGGGCUAGAGAGAGGGAUGGUGGCGGUGGGCUGCGGCUACCCGCGGACCCCCAAGUGCGCUCGCUGUCGAAACCACGGCGUGGUGUCGGCGCUCAAGGGCCACAAGCGCUUCUGCCGCUGGCGGGACUGCGCUUGUGCCAAGUGCACCUUGAUCGCCGAGCGCCAGCGCGUCAUGGCCGCCCAGGUGGCGCUGCGCAGGCAGCAGGCGCAGGAGGAAAGCGAGGCCCGUGGGCUGCAGAGGCUCCUGUACUCUGGACCUGCGGGGCCUGGGACUAGGACUUCCCGAGAAGGCGGCGGAAGCGAGGACCCUCAGGCGGCCGGCGUCCCUGCGGUGGUGGCUGCGCUGGGACUGGGGGCCUUGAGGCAGGCUAGUGGUCUGGCGACCCCCGCUUUUGACGUUUUCCAGCCGGACUAUCCGGGGGAAAAACAAGAACGAAAAACAAGUAAAUGUGGCUUAUACCAGAGCGGACAAGAAGCAGCAGCGUCCAAAUCCCAUCAGCUUUCCCUGGGGUCGUCUCCCAAGUCUAAUGGUGUCCUUGGAAAACAAAACAUCCGAUCAUCUAGUUCAGAAAAUACAAACAAGGAGGAUAACACCCUGUCUCCUCAUCCUGGGGAACAAUCAGGAGGUGAUGAGAGCCCUAGGUCCUUGUCAUCCUCUGAGGUGGAAUCAGGAAAUGAAAGUGAGUGGACCAAAGACUUUACUGCUCCCAGAUCCCACCUUCCCACAGUGUCCUCAAGACAAAGAGACCCUCUUGAUAUCCUUACCAAGAUUUUCCCAAGUUACAGGCACAGCAGACUGAAAGGCAUUCUACAGUCCUGCAAAGGGGAUGUGGUCCAAGCCAUUGAACAGGUCUUAAAUGGGAAAGAACACAAGUCAGACACCAGGGAGUUGGCAAGCUCAGGAGGAUCUGGACCUACAGCCUUUCAGAGAGCUCCUAACUUUAAUCUAGCUGGAAUUGGUUUUGGAGCUCUAGGGAAUAAAUCAGCUUUCUCUCCUCUUCAGACCACUUCUGCUUCUCGUGGAGGUGAUUCGCAUCUCUACAGUUUAAGUCCUAGACUAGGUAUCAGUCCAUUACGGGUGGCAUAUUCCUCUCCAGGAAGAGGGCUAUCUGGUUUUAUGUCACCCUACCUAACGUCUGGAUUGGUACCUGCAUUGCCUUUCCGGCCACCUUUGGAUUAUUCUUUUUCAGGAAUGCUUAGGGAUUCUUCUUACCUUCCCAGCAAAGAUUCAGUAAUGGGUGGCGGACUGUAUUCCAGACUGAAUCAAGACAGUCAUUAAUGUAUCUGCCCAGUCUCCCUUCCCAGAGUAUUUUUAGAAGCAUACAACACACACACACACACACACACCCCACAUCUACUAAUGUAUUACAAUAUAUAUGUGAGAGGAUUGUUAGUCCUUAAAAAUGCUAUUUUUUCCAUACACAAUAGAACAGACGUUAGAUUUGAACAGAUGUUUUUAGCAUUUAUUAAGUGAAAGAAAUAUUUGAACAUUAUAUGUGCCUUGAACAAAGCUAUAUUAGGAAAUCUUUGUAGUUUAACAAAUUUUCUCAGAAAUUAUCAGUUGUAAAAUUCCUAUUUUAAAAAUAUACUUGUUUUUAUUUUAUCGGAAAAUGGAAUAUAUAGUUUUACAGUACUUUUGUAAGUAUAAAGCAAUCUAGCAUACUAUAAAGUGAGCCAAAAGCAAGAGUUGGAAAAUUGAGAUAUUGCUACAUAAUUACAGUUUUAAAACUUUUUCUGCUCUUUUGUUUCUUGUUCACAGGAAAAAAUAAAACUAUUCAAAAUAUUUUUAAAAUAUUUUAUUUGACUAUAAGUGAUCUGGACUGGGUUAUAAGUGAUCAGAUAUAAGUAGGACUUUUGGGUAACUGGAAUUUCUUGUUUUUCUGAAUGUCUUGUUUCUUAUUCAUAUUUGCCUUUUGUGAUAACAAGUGCUGUUAAAAUGUUUUUUCUUUAAAAUGAACAUUCAAUUACCCAACCACCUAAGAAAUAAAUUUUUGAAAAUGAGAAUACGCCAUCUCCUGGCCACUAUCACUAAUUGCAACUCAGUUCCAGUAGAGCCAUAAAAACAAAAAAACCUCAUAGCCGUAGGCAUUAAAAGGAACUUAAAUAGUAUAAUCUAAUCAUUUUUGAAAUAGCCCUUUUGGAUCAUGUUACAUGGAAAAUUUCAUAUGAUAAAGUGAACAUCUACUGUGUAUGAACUUUUUAUCUUUGAGUGUGCGUAUGCCUGUGUCUAGGCAAAUAUCCCUUUCCAUGUGUUGAUGAGAAGGAUAUGACACUCCUCAAAGAUAAUUUUCUUCAGAAUAUUAAAAUAUCUGGUCAUGUCAGUAUUGAUGAACUCUAGCUUUAUAAUGCUUAAUGCAAUGAGGAGAGGCAUAAGAUUUCCAAAGUGAAAAAUUUGCCAUUAAAUUUUAGGUUUUCUUGAGUUUUUAAACAUUCUUUUUGUUCUCCUUGUGGAGCCUUUGGAAGCUGUUUUUUUCCAUCAGUGGGCAAUCUCCAAGAAAACUGCUUACAAAACAAUUUUUUGAGGUUUUCUUCGUGUGUCAUCAUUUUUUUAAAGGACAGUAGCUUUAUUAUUAUUGUUAGGGAUAAAUGGAAACCCAGCCGUGCUGUAGGACAGUUGAUGAACCAAAGAUGGUUUAAACAAUUUGAGCAACGCGAUUUACUAAAGAUUGUUUUAAGUUAUAUUUUCUCUCUCUCUACCUUUAUCAGUUCCACCAUCACGAAGGAUUUUCCAUGAAGCCAAUAAGAAUAUAUUCCUAAAGUAUAUUUUACCAGCAAACAACGUAUUAAAUUACUGCAAAUUAUCUGAUGCUGAUUUAGGAAGUAAAUAUGUUUAGCAGAGUGUACAUUAAUUGUAGUGGUGUGAAUACGAGAAAGCAGAUCCUGGAAAAACUGGGUGCGUUCAGCAUUAAUUUGUUAUAAAAUCAGUUUAAGUUCUAAGCCUAAACCACGGUACAAUGCCUGGCAAGCAGUUAAUAUUGAGUUAAUAUAUAAUGAAUGAAUAAACUGUUUUCGUUAAUAGGUCUCUUUGAGAUCAAAGAACUCCACACCAAAUGGACCACAAACACGUGUUUUGCCUACAAUUUCAAGGGGUUAACGAAUCUCCGAAAUGCCAUUCAAGAUAGAACAUUAAGUGAUUCUUAAAUUGUUUCCAUUUGAUUAAUUGAUUUAUUGAAAGCUAUUGUUUUUUUCAAAAAGUCCUGGCUGGAUUCCAUGGAGGAUACCAAGUAUAAAAUAUUGCACUUUAAGGCAGUUACAUUAUAUGCCAGACCUGGUUUAAUAACACCUCAGCGCUAGAGCUGCUGGAUUCUUUAUGUGGCUUAUAACAUGAGGUGCAUGUAUCCGUUUGAGAAACUGAAUUGCUUUUGAACUGGAAGGAACAUUCAUUUUGGGAAUUAUUCGAAUUCGUAAAAUAACUUUAUAAUCUUCAAAUUUAAAAAGUUUUUGUAGUAUAUAAAAGUUACAUAUAAUGCUUUAUGCGUUCACUGUGCUUUACCAUAAUUUUAAAGCUGAAAGAACCUUAUAGAAUAAGCCCUUUUGUUCAACCAUUGAAUUGCAUGUGAGGAAACUGAGGCUCAGAAGUAGUGUUGUCGACCCUGGAGGUUAUGGAAAUAGUGUGUCAUAGGAGUGAAAGUUGCUUACUUCACCAAUUUCAGUUAGACUACAAAGGAGUUACUGGGUGAUGCAAAGGCUUAACGUGCUUGGCAGCUAACCAAAAGGUUGGAGGUGCAAGUCCACCCAGAGGCACCUCAGAAGGAAGGCCUGGUAAUCUACUUCUGAAAAAUCAGCCAUUGAAAACCCUGUGGAGCGCAGUUCUGUUCUUACACACAAAGGGUCGCCGUGAAUCGGAAUUAACUGGACAGUGGCUGCUGGUGGUAAUGAAUAAGGUCUGAAAGGAAGACCCAUGUCUGUUUUGUUCAUUCAUAGCUUUGUACAGUAUGUGGUACAUAAAACCAAACCUAUUGCCGUUGAAUUGGUUCUGACUCAUACUAACCCUAUAGGAUAGAGUAGAACUGCCCCACAGGGUCUCCAAGGAGCCACUGGUAGAUUUGAACUGCCAACCUUUUUGGUUAGCAGCAGAGAUCUUGGCCACUGUGCCACCAGGGCUCUGUGGUACAUAAUCGGUGCAUAAAUAAAAGUUUUUCACUGACUGAAUGAAAUAAAAGAUAAGAAUGAGUCUAAGAAUUCAUUCAUUCAACAACUAUAUAUUAAGCACCUACUUUGUGCCAGGUGCUGUGCCAGACACGGGAUAAAGAGGUCAGUAAGACAAAGGACCUUGCCUCAAGUUGCUCACAGUCUGUAGUGCCAUGAGUACUAAAACAACCUAAAAACCAAUGCUGGUAUAAUUUGACUAUGUUGUACAUCACUGAGUUCUUUGUAAUCUUGACAUUUAUGCCGUUGGAUACUGUUUGAAGCCUAAACCCCUAAGACACUCACCAGGGGUGGAAGGGAAGAGGGGUAACAUCAGUUUCCAUGCAGUUUGUCAAGGAAAGUCUAUUCCAUUGGUUUGAGAGGUAAACAAAUUUCAGGUCCAUGGUGAAAGAAUUAGGUAAAGAAGAGACUUUUGUUCACUUCAGCAGAAUCUGGUGUGGACGUAACCCCCGCUUCCCCAGGGCUCUCUGGAUCAGAGUUAUUGCCAGAACUGGAUUGGCCUCCUGGUCUAAGGUCUCUUUCAGGUAGUCUUUGAAAAUGGGCUGGAUUUGAGCGGAUCAUUCAAAGGAUGUGAGUCAAAUGAUUUAUUGCCUUUCUCUGCAACUCGUGCUGAGACAAAGGACUCUGCAGAUUUUAGAACCCCACCUCUUAGGGAUUCCUAACUGUGCACUUGGAAGUGAUCUAGCCAUAGAACUCUACUUUUUAAUACCCAUCUUUGGGUGAUGUUCAUUUCUUCUUUGAGUUAAAUCUCCCUUUUAAUAUCCUAUAACUUUAAUCCUAAAACAUGUAAUUGAUCACCAUUAAAAAGUCUUAUAUUAAAAAACAGGGAAAUAGGAGAAGGGAAAAACGAAUUUGUUGACAU